AAUUUCAAAAAAUGAGUCUUGUUGAGAAGAAAGAGGAUAUUCACAAACAAAAAGCUGCAUCACCAGAGCCCAGCUGUGUGUCUGUGAAGAGCAAUACAUCCAUGCCUCAUCCGCCUGAUCUCAGUGAUGGAGCAGUGACCUCUUUCCUUAAGACUGCAGCUAAAAUGAGUCUCUGUGAGAAGAAAGAGGAGGAUAUUGACAACCUAAAAGCUCUAGAGCCCAGCUGUGUGUCCAUAAAGAGUGAUAUAUCCAUGCCUCAUCCGCCUGAUCUCAGUGAUGGAGCAGUGAUCUUUGACCUUAAGUAAGCGCAAUUGUCCUGUUUGAUUUAUCCACAUAACACAUCAAAUGACACUUUUUCAUUUCAUUUUAGGCCUCAGAGUUUGGUGAGUUGUAACAUUUAAUUUAUUCUAAAGCUUGUUCACAUUUUCAUGUUAUUCCUGCAUUUACUGCAGAGUGAAGAAACAUGUGUCCAGAUCGCCGAUGUUCCUUCUAUCUUGCUUUGUGUCAAAACUCUUCACACAAAAAGUUAAAAACAGUACAAAACCUGCAUGAAGACCAAGUAUGAGAGAUUAUUUGAGGGAAUCAAGCUAGAAGGGAGUCAAACUCUUCUGAACAGGAUCUACACACAGCUGUACAUCAUAGAGGGAGAGAGUGAAGGAGUGAAUGAGGAACACGAGGUUUUACAGAUGGAGAAAACAGCCAGAACACAAGACACUCCAAUCUACUGCAAUGACAUCUUCAAACCCUUACAUCAACCAGAAUAUAAGGUGAAGGACAAAAUCAAGACUGUUCUGACUAAAGGCAUCGCUGGAAUUGGGAAAACCGUCUCUGUGCAGAAGUUCAUUCUGGACUGGAGUGAAGGAAAAGCCAAUCAGGAUGUAGAUUUGAUGUUUGUGCUUCCAUUUCGAGAGCUGAACUUGAUUAAAGAUCAUCAGUACAGUCUUCACAGACUUCUGCUGGACUUUCAUCCUGAUCUUCAAGAUCUGCACUCACAGAUUUAUGAGGAGUGUAAAGUCGUGUUCAUCUUUGAUGGUCUGGAUGAAAGCAGAAUGACGCUGAAGUUUUCAGACAUUGAGAGAGUUAGUGAUGUGAACGAGUCUUCAUCAGUGGAUGUGUUGAUGUCAAACCUCAUCAGAGGAGAUCUGCUUCCCUCUGCUCUCAUCUGGAUCACCUCCAGACCAGCAGCAGCCAAUCAGAUCCCCUCCGAAUACAUCAGCCGUCUGACAGAGAUUCAGGGCUUCAAUGAGCCUCAGAAGGAGGAAUAUUUCAGGAAGAGAAUCAGUGAUGAGCAUCAAGCCAGCAGAAUCAUCUCCCACAUCAGAAGAUCCAGAAGCCUCCACAUCAUGUGUCACAUCCCCGUCUUCUGCUGGAUCUCAGCCACUGUGCUUCAAAACCUCCUGAACCAAGAUGACGGAGCAGAAAUCCCUCAAACUCUGACUGAAAUGUACAUCCACUUCCUGCUGACUCAGAUCAGCACGAGGAAUCAGAAGUAUGAUGAGAGAGAUCCUGAGAAACAAACAGAGAUGUACAGAGAUGUGAUAUUGAAACUUGCUGAACUGGCUUUCAGGCAGCUAAUGGAGGGCAAUGUGAUGUUCUAUGAAAAGGACCUGAUUGAGAGCGGCAUUGAAGUCACUGACGCCUCAAUUUAUUCUGGGAUCUGCACUGAGAUCUUUAAGAAGGAAUCAGUGAUUCACCAGAGGAAAGUCUACUGCUUCAUUCAUCUCAGCUUUCAGGAGUUUUUAGCUGCUUUGUAUGUGUUAUACUGCCACAUAUUCAAAAAAGAGGAAUUUCUAAUGUCUUUUCUGGAUCGUCGAUAUCAACUGUAUAGAAGGGAAAAUUCUCCUUAUGAGCUACUUAGAACAGCAGUUGAUAAAUCCCUACAAAAUGAAACUGGAUGCUUGGAUCUUUUCCUGCGGUUCCUACUGGGCAUCUCACUGGAACCUAAUCACAGGCUUUUACAGGAUCUACUGAGACACAUAGUACACAGUUCAGAAUCCAUCAUGAGAAUCACACAGUACAUUAAAGACAAAAUCAUGGGCCAGAAUUAUAUCAUGUUUGCAGCUGUGCACAAAGUCAAGCGAAGUGAAGCUCUGUCAGCUGAACGAUGCAUCAAUCUGUUUCUCUGUCUGCUGGAAAUGAAGGAUCAGACUCUCUACAGAGAGAUUCAAGAGUUUGUCAAAUCAAAGAAGGACCCACACAAUCAACUUUCUCCAUCUCACUGCUCAACAAUCGCCUACAUGCUUCAGAU